GGCCCGGGGCCGGCGGGGGGGCGGCCGCGAGGGCUGGAGGGAUGUUCUGCUACCACUGCCCCUCGGGUCUGCCGGCCCCGAGGCUACCACCUACCCUCGAGUAUCCCUUCGCCCCCACACACCCCUACGCCAGCUACUCCGCCUACCACCCGGCACUCCACGGCGUGGGCGAGGACUCGUUCGUCAGGAGGAAACAGCGGAGAAACCGGACGACCUUCACGCUCCAGCAACUGGAAGAGCUCGAGUCGGCCUUCGCUCAGACCCACUACCCGGACGUUUUUACGAGGGAGGACCUGGCGAUGAAAAUCAAUCUGACGGAGGCGAGGGUGCAGGUAUGGUUCCAGAACCGGCGAGCAAAGUGGCGAAAAAGCGAGCGACUGAAGGAGGAGCAGCGUAAGCGCGAGGGCCCCACCUCCGAGCCCAACAACCCCUCGCUAGCCUGCAGCGCCAACAAUCCCCAAGACACAAGUUUGAGCAACAACAACGAGGACGGCCCGGUGGGCUCGUCGGGCCAGGAGGGCCUCAGUGGCUCCCGGAGCCCGAGCACCACGUCGGCCUCGGUCAGUCCCCGGCCGACGGGCCACGGACCCACGCCCGGCUCCUCGGCCUCGCCCCAGCCCCUCCAGCUGACGCCCACACCCACCCCCACGCCUCAGCAGCAGACGCUGACAACCGAGCGGAGACUGACGACGGUCGCCGAGCAGCUCCAGGCCGGGGGACCACCCGCCGAGAGCGCACCGAGUGGCACAGGGGGCUUCCGUCCAGUGGAGGCGGCGACGUCCCUCUUCUUCUCCCCGCACCUGGCCGCCCAGUUCUCGCCCCCGCUCUUCGGCGCGAAGCUCCAAGUGAGCUCCCCGAGCUCCCUCGCCUCGGCGGCCCCGUCCCUCUGGAGCAGCGGCACGGCAACCGACUCGGGCCGCGUUGUCCCAAGCGCGGCCCCGACCAGCCUCCAGGACAUGCUCUCCUGGUCGCCGGCCGGCUGGGCCGGUUGCACGAGCGGCCUCUGCGGCUGCUGCACCAACAAGUCCAUCGUCAGCAGCGCGGCCAACAGCACCUGCGGCAUAACCGAGCUCCACCGGAGCACCAGCCUGGCGGAGCUGCGCCGCAAGGCCCAGGAGCACACCACGGCCUCGGCCCUCCUCGGCGGCCUCGCCGCCGGCUUCCACUUCCCACCCCUGCCUCUGCCCCUCCUGCCGCCCCUCCUCGGUCUCUCCCGACGGCCCCACGUCGACCACCACCACCACCACCACCCCUCGGGCUCGAGCACCGUGGCCGCUGCCGCCGCCGCCGCCGCCGCCGCGGCUCACCACCUGCACCCCGGGAUCGGGCACCAGUUGCCACCCGGCAAGGAGGAGCCGUAGUUGGAGCGAGCCCCCGAGCCAGCCCCUGCCUGAGACAAUACCAAUACUCGUCCGCUCUCCUCCACUUCGUAUAUACUUCAUAUACCGCUACCACACCCCCACAGAUAUCCUUUUUUCCUCAACGGCGGCACACACUUAAGCUUCAAUACGUUACAUUAUAUAUUAUACUUGAAGCGCGUCACAUGAUGAUGAUACGAUGUAUGUCUCUGUUUUGUAUGCGAGUGUAUAGUUUGAUUGUGCGAGUAAGUAUAGAUUAACCUCGGAAUAGACGCGACGCGGCUGUAUAGAGAGAUUAUCGUAUUUACCAGUAUAUAUUAUAACACGGUAGCCUGUACAUACUUACGAUAAUAUAUUAUUAUUAUUAUAUAGGGCCUGCUCGAUUUCGAGAGGUAUAUAUACAUGAUAGGUGAUGGGCCUCGGGCCGGGCUACAUUUAUAGUAGGGAGGGCGUAUAAUAUACAUGUACAUACUACAUACACGAAAGCAAACAU